ACGAUCAGCAAGACCUCGACAUAUAAGCUAACGAUCAGCAGAACACGUGCUACAUCGAAUACUUUCCUCCAAAACAGCAUCACGUAGCAAAUGGCAGAUGCAGUUUUGUUCAGCAGGAAGGCGUCGGCUUCAGCGGCCGUCGUCGUCCUCGCGGUAGCGGUGGUGACAAUGGCGUGCCUUGCGGCUCCGGUCGCCGCGCUGGUACCGUACGGGCGCCCUGGUGGCGGGCUGUGGGACCUGAUGCUCCUCGACGACCCAUUCCGGGUGCUGGAGCAGUCGCCGCUGGCGGCGUCAUCGGUGCCCAGAGCCAGCCUCGACUCUACGUCGGCGGCCGGGGUGGCGCUGGCACGGUGCGACUGGAAGGAGACCCCCGAUGCGCACGUCAUCUCGGUGGACGUGCCUGGGGUGCGGCGGGAGGACGUGAAGGUGGAGGUGGAGGAGAACAGCCGCGUCCUGCGGGUCUCAGGCGAGCGGCGGGCCGACGAAGAGAAGGAAGGCGAUCGGUGGCAUCGCGCCGAGCGCGCGGCCGGACGGUUCUGGCGCCGGUUCCGGAUGCCCGCCGGCGCCGACGUCGACCGCGUGUCCGCCAGAUUGGAGAACGGUGUGCUCACCGUCACCGUGCCUAAGGUGGCCGGGCACCGCGGCCGGGAGCCGCGCGUCAUCAGCAUCGCCGGCGGCGAUAUGGGCGGCGUGGACGUGGCGGAGGUCAUGGCGUCCAAGGCUGAGAUGUGAAUGUGAUCUGACUUUUGGGCGUGACGAUGCAUUCAGACAGUCAUGCUUGUGUUUCUUCUUGCGUGUAUCCGGUGCGUAUUGAUCCCGUUGCGUGAGUUAAUAUGUACUCAUAAAAGAGUAUUUCUAGUUUCU